GUCACAUAUUGUUUUUCUCCAGGAUCAGUUCAGUACCUGAUCCGACUGCACUGUUGCUUCAGUUGUGGCGGACAGGGAACAGAGCGAUCACAAGCUGCUAUAGAUCAGACAAAACGGGUUACCUUUAGAGAUUUGUUUCUCUUUUUGCAUCAGGUUAUCCAUAAGGGGACUUUGCUUAUCUGGAACUUGAAAAGAGAAGUGGAGAGAAAUGGCAAGUCCUCCGGAGACGGGAGGACACCUGUUAUCUAACGGGAUGAAUGGGGUGAAGAAGUGCGGAUAUCUGAGGAAGCAGAAACACGGACACAGGCGCUUUUUCGUGCUCCGAGAGCCCACGGAGCGCUGUGCUGCCCGGCUGGAGUAUUAUGAAAGCGAAAAGAAAUGGAGAAACAAGUCUACUGCGAAACGGGUUAUAACUUUGGACUCCUGUCUGUGCGUAAACAAACGGGCUGAUGCCAAACACAAGCACCUCAUCGCCCUCUAUACCAAGGACGAAUACUUCGCUGUGGCUGCAGACAACGAGCAGGAGCAGGAGAGCUGGUACAUGGUUCUGACUGAUUUAAUAGCCGAGGGAAAGGUGUACGACAGCCCCGCUUCCACCUCCUCUUUAGUGGGCUUUGAAGAGGUCAGCUACGGACUUAUUUCUCCUGCAACCACUACCUAUAAGGAGGUAUGGCAGGUCAACUUGAAAGCCAGAGGCUUGGGUCAGAUCAAGAACCUCACUGGAGUGUACAGGCUGUGUUUGUCCAGCCGCACCAUCAGCUUUGUCAAACUGAACUCUGAAACAGCUGCUGUCAGUUUGCAGCUCAUGAACAUCCGGAGAUGCGGCCACUCAGACAACUUCUUCUUCAUAGAGGUGGGCCGGUCAGCGGUCACUGGGCCUGGGGAGUUCUGGAUGCAGGCAGAGGACUCAGUGGUGGCACAGAACAUCCAUGAGACCAUCCUGGAGGCCAUGAAGGCCAUGAAGGAGCUGUCUGAGUUCAGGCCGCGGAGCAAAAGCCAAUCUGCCAGCACUAACCCCAUCUCUGUGCCCACAAGACGCAACCUCAACAACCUCCCGCCCAGUCAGACGGGCCUGGUGAGGAGGUCCAGAACAGACAGCUUGGCUGCCACAUCCCCAGGGAGAAAGUUCACAUCCUGUCGGAUAAGAACGGCCAGUGAGGGAGAUGGAAGCAUGGCUCGGCCUGUAUCCAUGUCUAUAUCUGUGAGCGGAAGUCCCAGUGGGCGCACCUGCAGAAUACUAGAGUCCUCCUUCAAUCUGCAUCACAGCCGCUCCAUGCUGGUGUCCAAUUCAUCUCCAUCUGCAUCCAGCCCUAUCAGCAUGUCUCCAAGAGGGGGGGCUAGCGUCACUACUCCUGACAAAGCCAGGGGCCCUUUCAGCUGUAGCACCUCCAUCUCUGGCUCCCUUAGUGACACCAGCUUCAUGCUGUGUGAGGAUUACAGCUCCAGCCCUGGUGAACCCAAAUUCCUCUCACUGACCCGCAGCGACACCCCUGAUUCCUUAUCCAGCACACCUCCAUCCCGUGACAUCAAUGACCCUUAUGGCUACAUGAUAAUGGAGGGGCCAAAUGGUAGCAAGUCUGCCACCGGUGGUGAGGGUCUGGUGUUUGACAAGGUUUACAGGAAGAGAACACACUCCCUCACCACACCACGUCAGCAGAGGGUGGUCACGCCACUGUCCUCAGCCUCCCUGGAUGAGCACACUCUCAUGCAGAUAGCCCGUGGACAGAACUUUCACUCCGUUUCACCAAAAGUGUGCUACCCUGAGGACUAUGGAGACAUAGAGAUCGGUUCAUCCAGAAGCUCCAGUAGCAACCUUGGUGAUGAUGGCUACAUGCCAAUGACGGCAGGCGUAACACCCCAGUCUGGUAAGGUAGACAACUAUGUGCCCAUGAGCCCCAUGUGUGUUUCAGCACCAAAACAGAUUGUGAACCCUAGGGUGCAUCCUCAGGCAGCUGUCAGCAGCAGCUACAAAACCAAUUCCCCCUGCAGCAGCUCUCUGGAAGACAAUGGCUAUAUGAGAAUGUGGGCUGGCUCCAAAUCCUCUAUGGAGAGCCCAGACAGGCAUGGUGAAUACAUGAACAUGUCACCUGGAAACCCACCUCCUCUCCAGACUCCCCCUGACUACUAUUUGGGUGUGAUGGCUGAACCUGCAUCAGUGAGGCUAGUUUACCAGACUGAAUCCCUCAUGCUACCUGCAAAGCUCCAGGACUCCAAGAUUGAAGACAACAGCCAGUAUGUGUUGAUGAGUCCUCAGACUUUGAGGCAGAAAGAGGGGGAGUCAGACUAUUAUUCAGUGAUGCAGCUCAGCACAGCUCAGACCUCUCCGCUGAGCCCCUCAGUACCCUCUCCCGUCAGGAACGGCCGGGCAGAGAGCCUACCGUACAGAGGGAAACUGGGCAGGCCUAACAGGCUGUCCCUGGAUACCCUGAGGACCCUACCCAGUAUGAAUGAGCACCCCCUGCCUGGAGAGCCCAGGAGCCCUGGGGAGUACAUUAACAUUGAUUUCAGCAUGGCCAGAUUGUCCCCGCCCUCCACUGUUUCCGCAGAGAGCCAGUCUUCAUCUCUGGGUUCCUGUGGCACAGGCCCAGGGAGGUCCUCUCUGACAGACUACAUAAACCUGGAGCUUGGCUCACACUCACCCAAGGAUGCUGACACUCCCGCUGAGUGCCUGGACACACUCCCAGAGUUGUCCAUGUGCCCCUGCUCAGAGGAGGAUGCAGUGUAUCAUCUAGAUAGCGAGAAAGGCUCUCAGGGUCUUGGUGAUGAAGUGAAAAGCAACUACACUGAGAUGACAUUUGGGAUGACCAGCACGCCUCCACAGCUUGUUCCACAGAACACAGCAAGCAGCCAGAGCAGCAGGGACAGAAGGCUCUCUCUGGAGGACCAGGGAGUCCCAGAAGCCACUGGGGUCUUCCUGCUUGGAGCCACCUCUUCCUCCACAGUGGACUGCUCCGCUAAGGUGAUAAGGGCCAAUCCGCAAGGACGUCGGCGCCACAGCUCUGAGACCUUCUCCUCUACCGCCACUGUGACACCUGUUUUCCCUUCCUUUGCUUGUGGUGACAUGGUGAAGAGGCACAGCUCGGUGGAGAACAUCUCAUCCCGGAGCAGUGAAGGCUCCGACGAGGAGUAUGGCAGCCCGGUGAACCGGCAGAGCUUGGCCGCCUACCCAAAUGGACUGAACUAUCUUGCCUUGAACCUACUGAGCAAUAGGGAUGUGGAGAAAUGCGAGGACCUGGCUGGCUUCAAACCCACCAGCCGCUGCAAAGGGGGUGUCAAUGGAUUACACAGCACGCCAUAUGUGUGUUUGGCAUUCAAGGAGGCUGCAACCACUGCCAAAGACUGAGUGACUCUUCUGUUCUCUGACUUGGCGUCUUCACCAACCUGCUGCUCGAAAAACACUUUGCCCCCCACUGAACUCUGUGGCCCUACAAGACUGUCUGGACCCUCAGCAACACACAAACACAUACACACACACACUUAGGAAAAAGCGGGGCACUAUUUAUGCAUGUCACGAAUUUGCUGAAGGCAAAACAGGUGUGUUUGUGUUCUGUGGGGUGGGUAGAUGGGUGUGUGUGUGUGCGUGUGUGUGUGUGUAUUCGUACAUCUCAUGUUCCUUAUGCUUUCAGAGGCCAUUUCUCCUUUGACCCAAAUUUUGGCUCAAGCAUCCAGCCAUCCAUCCAUUUUCUAAACCGCUUAGUCCCAAAUGGGGUCACGGGGGGCUGGAGCCAAUCCCAGCCAGCUGCGGGCGAAAGGCAGGGUACACCCUGGACAGGUCGCCAGCCCAUCGCAGUUGGCUCAAGCACAGAAGCAAAAAUUUUCAGACAAUAGCAAAACUCUAAUGGUACCCAAAUACUGUUUAUUUACUUGAGGGUAGUUUUAUGACUGCGUGUGUGUUUCUGAGGCAAAGUAUAACCGGCUGGUAUGUCAGUGAACAAUGAAACCUCCUAUAGAAAUGGCCCAGGGAGCACAGAUACCAAGGUACACUGAGUAUAUAACUAUAUUUAGAUUAGAUAUCUUAUUUAUUUUUGGAAAAUGAAUGUCUGAUAAGACCCACCCAAUGCCUUAAUGUCUAUACUGUCCUUAUGUUUUCUAUGAAAUGAGAGGUAAAUAUUAUAUUACAGUACGUCCGUGUGGACCUACAUCUCUAUCUUGUUAUUCUCUUGCGGAAAAGCCUAGUUUACCAUUUAAAUAUAUUAUUUCAAAUAUGUGCAGUACAGUGGGGCUGCUUGAGAUCUGAUUUAUCGCAUUGAUAUUAAAGUAUUUUCUUAAUUACUAAUUUCUUAUUUAUUCUAACCUAGUUUAUUUUUUGUCCAAUCAAAGCGCUAGAUUUAAAGAAGUAUAUUUCUAAAUGUCUUUAAGAAUUAUGCAUGCCUUUAUAAGUCAGCUCAGACCCCACAAGACUAGGUAUCUCAAUGCACUGUACCUCUCACAGUUCCUCAGUCACUUGAGCCUGAACACCUCACACACUCCUACCUUCAAACCUACAGCCUGCUGUUUAAUUGGACACAGGCCACCCUGCUGUGAUAUCAUUUGAUGGUACAACUGUCUAGCUGAGGUGAUAAUGGAGGGGUGAGCCAAUGAAAAUUGUCAAGGUUGAGGCACAGUCCAGAUGGUUUUCUGUCAAUGAGUGAGGGCUGAAGUGAAAGGGAAAAGGGGUGUCAGCAGUGCUGGACAAGCACUGGACACAGGAGAAAUCGGCAAUAUGGAAAAAGUUGAAUAAGAGAGGCCAACAGCCACUUCUGGCACCAUCAUGGAGGUUCAAUGGAGAAUCAACUGUCUGGAAAAUCAUGUAGCAGCAUAACAAAAAUUGAGCUGGUUGAAGAGAAUUAUGUAAUAUUAGCCUACAGGUUAAAGCAAAACUAUGUGACACUAUACCAGUUACUGGAUAUUGCUAAAACAUAGUCCAAGUAAGUAAAAAAGAGUCUUCAAGUCAGUCUGUGUACAGCAGUAACAUUAUGAAUCUAAUGUUUGCUAAGAUUAGCCACCAUUAUAAUGAACCAAGCAGUUGUCUAUAAUUGUUUAGUGCAAGACUAUAUAAUGUUUGCUUAACAACCAUCACUGUGGCCACAAGUAUUAAUUUCAGGAUAGUGAUAAAUGCUGACAUGUAAUAUAACAGUGGUAUAAGUGGAGGAACAUUUAAAAAGUAAGCCAAUAAAUGCAGUAAUGUUUGCUCAUGUUAGCUAACAUUAGCUACUGAUUGUACCAAAUCUGUAGCAAGAAUGUGUUUUAUUGCUGAUUAUUUCAACUUUUCAAUUGUGAGAAGUAGAAUGUGCUAUUUUUUUCCAAGGGCAGGAUCUAACGUAACUUUUUAAUCAUCUCCUGUCACAAAUGGAACUAAAAUGGUAAAUCCCACUGCUUCCCAAGAGCUUUGAGCCUUCAACAUGGCUGCCAGGUGGUUUGGUAAGAUUAUCUGGAAAGUCCUCUAUGGACGUCUUGACUCUGUGGUCUUUGUGUAGUCCACUGUAUCGACUCCAACGGGCUCACAACCCCUUAAGUGUACAGUAGAUUGUAAAACUAUGUGUGAAUGUAUCGCUGAGCUGGAGAGAACACCACACAAACAAAAUGUGGGAAUGAUUUUAACAGAGUUGAACAAUAUUGGAGUUUUACCAUGCUGUUGUGGUAUCUAUUUAUCUUCAGAGUCUUGAAUUGUAUAUUAUGUACAUAGAAAGAGUUUAACUAAAAGAUUCUAUUAAAAAUACAUAGAAUACUUAGAUUUUACCUAUGUUGCAAUGAUAUUCCUGUGUAAAGAUUUUGGCUGCAGAUUUUUAAAAAGGGGAUGGGGUUUUUGCUUUGAGGUUGUACAGUGUAUUGUAUAGUUUUAUCUCUCACAGUCUGUGUGACUACAUGAAAAAAAUACUCUGUCUAUUUUAUUAUAGUUUAUUAUAUUGCCUUGUUGACACACUUUACCUAAUGGCAUAUGCAAUUGGUGAGAUGAAUAGAAUCUAGUUUACAACUGUGGAACCAAAUGUAACAUUUUCUUCUUUUUGUGAAGAGCAGACAGUGUUUUGCUCCUUGUACAUUUCUCUUUCUGCCAAGUGUUUUUUUGUUGUUUGUUUUUGUCACAGAAAACUUUGUUCUUGACAUGUCUCAAAGCGUUUCCCAUUUCUGUGUCCAUGGGCAGAUUCUUCUUUUACAGAUUGAUCUUGGAUUGACUCUAUUUGAAUGUGUUGUUGUCUUCCUUUGUACAUACUGUAUUUCAAUAUACUGUUUAUUGUGAUGCUCACAAGAGAUGACUAUAAUGAUUUAUAAAUUCUGGUAGUUGAGUAUUGCUUUUGUCUGUAUUGAUUAUGGAUAGCAGCCUACAAAAAUAAAUGAAUUUAU